UAGAAAUAUCGAUCAACAGUUAAUUAUUAAUCAAUUAAUCAAUAAAAGCGGUUUAAUUUAUAAAAUUUGCCCGAGUUUGAGUUAAACGGAUGUUACCUAUCACUGCACCAAUUACAGUGACACUGACAGAGUAGGAUUCAAAUACCAAAGAAGCCUCAAAGUUUCAGAGGAUGAAAGGGUUUUUCAAAGCCAAACCCAAAUCUCCUGCUGAAAUUGUAAGGCAGACACGAACCCUUCUUCUUUCUCUCAAUGGCGGCAGUGGUGAACUUCGCGGUUCUAGACGAGAAGAGAAGAUGGAAGAAUUGAAUAAGCAUUUACGAGAGUUGAAGUUGAUACUUUAUGGUAGCAGUGAACAUGAACCUGUACCUGAAGCUUGUUCACAAUUGACUCAGGAGUUCUUUAGAGAGAACACCAUGAAUCUUCUUAUUGUCUCUCUUCCAAAACUUAGUUUGGAGGCUCGUAGAGAUGCCACCCAAGUGGUUGCAAAUUUGCAGAGGCAACAAGUUCAAAGUCGAAUAAUUGCUUCUACUUACUUGGAAGCUAACUUAGGUAUCAUCGAUAUUUUGAUACUGGGGUAUGAAGAUGUUGAUCUUGCUUUGCAUUAUGGUGCUAUGUUGAGGGAGUGCAUACGUCAUCAGAGCAUUGCAAGACACGUUUUGGAUUCGGAGCACUUGAAGAAGUUCUUUAAAUACAUUCAGCUUCCGAAUUUUGAUAUUGCAGCAGAUGCUACAGCAACUUUUAAGGAGCUCUUGACCAGGCACAAGUCCACAGUUGCUGGAUUUCUUUCAAAAAAUUAUGAUUGGUUCUUUCAGGAUUUUAACUCACAGCUGCUGGAAUCCGACAAUUAUAUUACCAAACGACAAGCUAUUAAGCUGUUAAGUGAUAUCUUACUUGAUAGAUCAAAUUCUGCAAUCAUGGUACAAUAUGUUAGCUCAAAAGAUAACUUGCGGAUUCUGAUGAAUCUUCUAAGGGAAUCAAGCAAGAACAUCAAGAUAGAUGCAUUUCACGUCUUCAAGCUAUUUGCUGCCAAUCAAAAUAAACCUCCUGAAAUUGUCAGCAUACUUAUUGCCAAUAGGAGCAAACUUCUGCGUUUCUUGGCAGACUUUAAACUGGAUAGAGAAGAUGAGCAAUUUGAGGAAGAUAAAACUCAGGUUAUCAAAGAAAUUGCUGAAUUGAAACAAGCUGGUAGCCAGUGACCGGCCAUGGAGAAAUGUACUACAACCUAUAAAAUAUAAAUUAAUCAGUUUCAGUUCUGUACUUUCCCAGCUGGGGCUUUAGCUGGAAUAGUAACGUAAAGACUACAGGCACAAAGCUGGUGCCUCUUGUACAGAACUCUGUUCAACAAGAUUUAAAAAUAUAAUUAUUAUUAGUGAAAUGUUUGUUA